UUUAGAUCCUCAACAUGGAUUGUCGUGUCCAUAACGGAGCAGAGAAAAAGCCUAAAGGGUGUUUGAGAAAACCGACAGAAUUGAGCAGAAUGAUAGCGAAAACCAAAAAACAAGUGUCAUCACCUUCUUCUUCUUCUUUCCCUGAUUCUGUUGGUUCCAUCUCUUCAUUCAUACCUUGAUCCGUGAUCUCCCAAUUUCUCACUUGAAAGUAUGAAGAAAGAAUAGAUAAGUAAUGGCAGGAGCAGAAGCAAGGGCUCUGUGGCAGAGAACUGCUAAUCGUUGCUUUGUCCAAGAAGAUGCAAAAAGAGCUCCCAAGUUGGCUUGUUGCCAAUCUUCAUGUGCAACAUCAAAAUCAGUUGAUACUGGACCUGCCAGUACAGCAGAUGAAUCUGAUCAUAAUACAGUUAAUGUUACCCAUUUUAACAGGAAAUCGUCAAUUUCUAAUCUAUCAUCAGACUGUAGGUGGUGGUUGCAUUCACAACCUAAUUAUGGGUAUCAAAAGGGUUUAACAUAUGAACAGUUAAAUGCAUUAGAGGAUGAGGUAGAAACUUUGUUAGCUAGUGAUUUAAGUAAGAAUUCUGAAGAAUUUCAUGAAUUAAUGGAUGUGAUGGAAAAACAUGAGACAAUGGAAAUUGAUUGUGUUGGCUGCUCUGGAUCCUCCAAGAAAGCAGAUGAUUUUUCCUUGGAAUCAGAUUAUUCUUGGAUUGAAAGUGAUAAGGCUGAGCCAUGGUGGCGGACUACAGAUAGAGAUGAAUUAGCUUCAUUUGUUUCACAGAAAUCUCUCAAUCAUAUUGAAAAUUGUGAUCUUCCCCCACCACAGAAGAAGCAUCUUAGAGGGCACCCAUGUGCUCAUGUUAAUAAUGACAAAAUAAAGACAGCAUCUUAUGACUGGGAAGCCAAAUCCAGAAGCUUUUCCAAUUUGACAGGUCAUACACCAGGAAGUUUAGAUUCAAGAUUGAUGCAUAAGAAUCAUGGUCAUUCUACCAAUGAAGGACUUCUAUAUUUUGCUUCUGACAAAUGUUCAAGUCAUACCCCCAAGCAUGAGGAUGUCAAAAAGAGUCAACAAAAUUUUGAUGGAGACCCCAGUAAAGCUCAACUAAUGGAAGCAUUGUGUCACUCUCAAACACGUGCAAGGGAAGCAGAGGAAGCAGCAAAAAAAGCCUACGCAGAGAAAGAGGAUAUUGUUACUCUCAUUUUCAAACAGGCUUCACAACUUUUUGCCUAUAAGCAAUGGUUACAAUUUCUGCAGCUGGAAACUCUUUGCAUUCAGAUUAAGAGCAAGGAUCAGCCAAUCUCUACUCUCUUUCCAGUGGCUCUUCCAUGGAUGUCAUAUGAAGGUAGAAGCUCACGGAAGAGGAAGCAGAAAAUAUCCAAUUCCAAACAAGGAGAAAGGAAAGCCAAUUCAAAAUGUGAUAUUACAACAUAUGCUGUUGCCUUUGCUUUAGGAUUGAGUCUAGUUGGUGCUGGCUUGCUUUUGGGAUGGACAGUGGGUUGGAUGUUGCCCCGUUCAUAGUUCUGUAAGAUUUGGAUCAUAGUCCUGCAUGUCAUAAAGAUUGAUAAACAAAGGAAAUGGAUUCAAAAGGGAAAGUGGCCCCAAUUGUUUUAUCGGGUAUCUAUGUAAUUUUGUAGCUUUGUUAGUGCUUCUUAUACUCUAAAUACUAAGUUGUGCUUUUGUAUUGAAUCUGUUUUGUUAAUGUGAUGAUGUACAUAAAUCUUUGUGUAGAUGAUUCGAAACAACUAUUUUUCUUUAAAUACCUCCUUGAAGUA